AUGUCGUCUUUCCAACCUCCUCCACCUCCUCCUGGAUGGGGACCUCCUCCGCCGCCUCCUCCUCCACCAGCUCCAGCUCCUCCCCCCCCUGGAUACCGGCCUCCAACCGACCUGCAGACCGCGAAAUUUGCGCAGAAGAAGAAGGAAUGGCUUCGGAAUCAGCGAAAUCGCUUUGGAGAGAAGCGCAAGGGAGGCUUCAUCGUGAAGGAUAUUGGUGACCGAAGCUAUCUCGAGAACAUGCCUAUGCCGUGGGAAUCGGCAAGGGAAGUUAAGGUGUUGUACCACGUCAACGGAUGCCUCACGCUCGUAAACGAGAUUCCUCGAGUUAUUCCUCCCGUAUUCCACGCGCAAUGGGCCACGAUGUGGAUGAGAUUCCCGCCGUUUGAUGACGAAGAACCUCCGCUGUCUUGGUCGGAGAACAUUGAGGACCUCGACGAGGAAGAAGACGUUGAUACCGAGCACGUCAAUGGGCCGACGCUUCACCGACUGAGUCGCCCGUUACUAAGUGAGAUAUUCGACCAGAACUAUUUCUACCUCUUUGAUUUGAAGAGUUUCCUUACUGCCAAAGCGUUAAAUGAUAUCGAUCCGAAUGAUGAGGACUUUGGGGAGUUCAAUGCCAUCGACAGAAUUAUUUUCCGCUUUCCCAUCCGAACCGACGUCCAGUUUAACUGGUACUCUCACCCCCAAAUCGUGUAUACUAAGUCUGAAGACCCUAAUCUGCCCGCAUUCCAUUUCGAUCCUAUGAUUAAUCCUAUCUCUUCCCGCUCGGACGAGAUAUUCGGCCCCGGGAACCUCGAAGAGCCCGAAGAGGACACAUUCGAGUUGCCAGCUGGCGUUGAGCCUUUCUUAGCCGAUGAGGAUCUCUACACUGAAGAUACAUCAUCUGCUAUUGCCCUCUGGUGGGCUCCCUUCCCAUUCGAUCGUCGGUCCGGUCGUAUGGUGCGUGCACAAGAUGUCCCUCUUCAGCCCGUCAAGGUCCGAGUAUCGUAUCAGAAGCUCCUCAAGACGUACGCGCUCAAUCGCCAAAGUCUCCUGAAGAGCUUGAAGCAGACCAAGUUCUUCCAGCAGACGACGAUUGACUGGGUUGAAGCUGGUCUUCAAAAUCUUACAUACCUCCAUUUGGAUUACAACUUUAAUCUUAAGCCCAAGUCGCGAUUCGGAAAUGCUUUCCAUUUAAUGCGUGAAAUAUUACGCCUGACGAAGCUCAUCGUCGACGCACAGGUACAAUAUCGGUUGGGUAACAUUGAUGCUUUCCAAUUGGCGGAUGGUAUUCUCUACGCUUUCAACCAUUAUAAGCUCAUGCAUCAGAUCCGGUCGUGCAAAGAUCUAAAGCAUCUUAUCUACUAUCGGUUCAACAGCGGGCCCGUUGGUAAGGGCCCUGGAUGUGGUUUCUGGGCGCCUGCCUGGCGUCGAUGGCUUGGAAACUUGCUAUCGCGUCAAUUCGAAGGACGCCACAGUAAGGGUGUAGCCAAGACCGUGACCAAGCAACCCUCCGUAAUGGCCGAUCUAAUGGACAUGAUGCCCGAGGGUAUCAAACAGAAUAAAGUUAACACUAGUAACAUUCCAUGGAAAGUUCCCGGCUUACCUGCACCCAUUGAAAACAUCAUUCUCCGCUACGUCAAGUCGAAGGCAGACUGGUGGAUUUCUGUUGCUCAUUACAAUCGUGAGCGUAUCCGGCGAGGUGCUACUGUUGAUAAGACGGUCGCGAAGAAGAACGCCGAACAAGAGAGGCAGCAUAAUUACAUGAAGGAUGGACCUUAUGUAUCGUCUGAAGAAGCCGUGGCGAUCUACACAACUACGGUGCACUGGCUUGAAUCACGGAAGUUUACCCCAAUUCCCUUCCCAAGUGUAUCGUACAAGCACGAUACGAAAAUAUUAAUCCUUGCUCUCGAAAGGCUACGAGAGGCAUACUCUGUGAAAGGUCGCCUCAACCAAAGCCAGCGGGAAGAGUUAGCUUUGAUUGAGCAGGCUUAUGACAGCCCGGGCACUACUCUAGAAAGGAUUAAGCGGUUCCUACUUACGCAGCGAGCCUUCAAGGAAGUGCAAAUUGAUAUGAACGAUAAUUACAGCACUAUCAAUCCUGUUUACGACAUAGAACCGAUAGAAAAGAUCAGCGAUGCCUACCUUGACCAGUAUCUUUGGUACCAGGCCGAUCAGCGACACCUCUUCCCCGCCUGGAUCAAGCCUUCGGAUUCUGAGGUGCCACCCUUACUGGUGUAUAAGUGGGCCCAGGGCAUCAACAACUUAGAAAAAGUUUGGGAGAGUGCGGAUGGCGAAUGCAAUGUGAUGAUUGAAACUGAGCUCUCAAAGGUCUAUGAGAAGAUAGAUCUGACCCUCCUUAACAGACUCCUAAGAUUGAUCAUGGACCACAACCUGGCAGAUUACAUUAGCUCGAAGAACAACGUACAGCUAACUUACAAGGACAUGAAUCAUGUUAACAGUUACGGUAUGAUACGCGGUCUUCAGUUCUCUGGUUUUGUCUUCCAGUACUACGGGCUUGUUCUUGACCUCUUGCUCCUUGGCUUGAACCGAGCUAGCGAAAUUGCCGGCCCACCAUCCGCCCCUAAUGAUUUCCUUCAGUUCCGUGACCGUGAGACGGAGACUAAGCAUCCUAUCCGCUUAUAUACAAGAUAUAUCGACAAGAUAUGGGUCUUCCUGCGUUUUUCGGCGGAGGAGUCGCGAGAUCUCAUUCAACGGUUCCUGACGGAGCAGCCCGAUCCAAAUUUUGAAAACGUCAUCGGUUACAAGAGCAAGAAAUGCUGGCCGAGGGAUUCCCGCAUGCGGUUGAUGAGGCACGACGUCAACCUUGGCCGAGCCGUCUUUUGGGAUCUGAAGAACCGUCUCCCUCGGUCUGUUACUACGAUUGAGUGGGACGAUACCUUCGCUAGCGUCUAUAGCCGUGAUAAUCCAAACUUGCUCUUCUCCAUGUGUGGAUUCGAGGUUCGUAUUCUGCCGAAGAUCAGGAAUCAGAAUGAUGAGUUCCCUAUCAAGGAUAGCGUUUGGUCUCUCGUGGACAAUACCACGAAGGAGAGGACGGCACACGCCUUCUUACAAGUUACGGAGGAAGACAUUCAGAAAUUCAACAACAGGAUUCGUCAGAUUCUUAUGUCUUCGGGAUCAACAACCUUCACUAAGAUCGCCAAUAAGUGGAACACAGCCCUCAUUGCGCUCUUCACCUACUACCGUGAGGCUGCUGUAUCGACGGUCAAUCUGUUAGAUACUAUCGUUAAGUGUGAGACCAAAAUCCAAACCCGAGUAAAGAUAGGAUUGAACUCGAAGAUGCCGUCACGUUUUCCCCCGGCCGUUUUCUAUACACCAAAGGAGCUGGGUGGUCUCGGAAUGAUAUCUGGUUCGCACAUUCUCAUCCCAGCUAGCGACAAGCGCUAUUCGCAACAGACGGAUGUUGGUGUUAGCCACUUCAGAGCUGGUAUGACGCAUGACGAGGAGACACUCAUUCCCAAUAUUUUUAGAUAUAUCAUCCCGUGGGAAGCUGAGUUUAUCGAUUCGCAGAGAGUUUGGACUGAAUACUCUCAGAAGCGAUUAGAGGCAAACCAGCAAAACAGACGUUUGACUUUAGAAGACUUGGAGGACAGCUGGGACCGUGGAUUGCCUCGUAUUAACACUCUGUUCCAAAAGGACAGAAGUACACUCAGUUUCGACAAGGGCUUCCGAACUAGAAGCGAAUUCAAGAUUUACCAGCUCAUGAAGAGCAAUCCCUUCUGGUGGACGAGCCAGCGCCACGACGGAAAGCUUUGGAACCUAAACGCAUACCGUUCAGAUGUCAUCCAGGCCCUUGGCGGCGUUGAAACGAUCCUUGAGCACACCUUGUUUAAAGCCACGGGCUUCCCUUCUUGGGAGGGUCUGUUCUGGGAGAAGGCCUGUCUUGCUAAAGGGACAAAGCUGCUACGAUACGAUCACACUCAAAUCGCUGUCGAGGACGUCAAGGAGGGGGAUCUGCUUCUAGGUCCCGACGGAACACCACGACGCGCUUUCAAUAUAGUUAAUGGCAAGGAUCGCCUCUAUCGUAUUAAGGUCGGAGGCCGUCAGGAAGAUCUUGUUGUCACGCCAAACCAUAUUCUAGUCUUCUAUAAGAAGGGUCUCACUAACGAGCACUACGAAACGGUCGAAAUGACCGCCGCAGAGUUUGCAGCUCUAGAGCCAAAAGAGAGGAACCAAUACAAGCUCUUUAGAUCUUCUGGCUUCGAAUUACCCGAAAAGGCCGUUCCAUUCAUCCCUCAAACCCAUAGUUUUGCUGUCAAGGACAUCGCUCUUGAGACGGAAGCUACCGAAUGGGCAGGUUUCCGGGUCGACAAAGAUCAGCUCUAUUUGCGACAUGACUAUCUUGUGCUCCACAACAGUGGUUUUGAAGAAUCCAUGAAAUUCAAGAAGUUAACCAACGCUCAAAGAUCCGGUCUAAACCAGAUUCCCAACCGUCGAUUUACGCUUUGGUGGUCGCCUACCAUCAACCGGGCAAACGUUUAUGUUGGUUUCCAAGUCCAACUUGAUCUCACAGGUAUCUUCUUACACGGUAAGAUUCCUACUCUGAAAAUUUCCCUCAUUCAGAUUUUCCGUGCCCACUUGUGGCAGAAGAUUCACGAGUCCGUCGUCAUGGAUUUCUGCCAAGUGUUCGACCAGGAGCUAGAGUCCCUUGGAAUCGAGACGGUCCAGAAAGAAACCAUUCAUCCUCGAAAGUCGUACAAGAUGAAUAGCUCCUGCGCAGAUAUCCUACUUUUCGCUAGCAAUAAAUGGAACGUAACUCGCCCAUCUCUUCUGCACGACACCAAGGACAUAAUCGAGCCUACUACAACUAACAAAUUCUGGCUUGAUAUCCAGCUUCGGUAUGGUGACUAUGAUUCUCACGAUAUUGAGCGCUAUACUCGCGCGAAGUAUUUGGAUUACACUCAGGACAGCAUGAGUAUCUACCCAUCAGCAACGGGUCUAAUGAUUGGUAUCGAUCUUGCUUAUAACCUUUACUCCGCCUACGGACAAUAUUUCCCAGGUCUAAAGGUCCUGGUACAACAGGCUAUGGCUAAAAUCAUGAAAGCCAACCCGGCACUCUACGUUCUCCGUGAACGUAUCAGGAAGGGUCUCCAACUCUACGCUUCGGAGAGCAACCAAGAGUUCCUCAACUCUCAGAACUACUCCGAAUUGUUCAGUAAUCAGACGAAGCUCUUCAUCGACGAUACCAACGUGUACCGAGUUACUAUCCACAAGACCUUCGAAGGUAACUUGACCACGAAGCCAAUCAACGGAGCAAUUUUCAUCUUCAAUCCCCGAACUGGCCAAUUGUUCCUGAAGAUCAUUCAUACUAGCGUCUGGGCUGGACAAAAGCGUCUCGGUCAACUAGCCAAGUGGAAGACGGCUGAAGAAGUUGCAGCUCUCAUCCGAUCGCUACCAGUUGAAGAACAGCCGAAGGAGCUCAUCGUUACUCGUAAAGGCCUACUAGAUCCUCUAGAGGUUCACUUGUUAGAUUUCCCGAACAUCUCUAUUCGAGCGUCAGAACUGCAGUUACCCUUCCAGGCGGCAAUGAAAGUCGAGAAAUUAGGCGAUAUGAUUCUUCGUGCUACGGAACCUCAGAUGGUUUUGUUCAACCUCUACGAUGAAUGGCUUAAGAGCAUCUCGUCAUACACAGCGUUCUCUCGUCUUGUUCUCAUCCUACGUGCACUUCACGUUAACCCGGACAAGACAAAACUCAUUCUACGGCCCGACAAGACUGUUAUAACUCAAGUGCAUCAUAUUUGGCCCACAUUGUCGGAUGAAGACUGGAUCAAGGUUGAAACACAGCUACGAGAUUUGAUUCUGCACGACUAUGGAAAGAAGAACAAUGUGAACGUCUCCAGCUUGACGAGUAGCGAAGUCCGAGACAUCAUCUUAGGUAUGGAGAUCUCUGCGCCAUCGAUGCAACGACAGCAGGCUGCGGAGAUUGAGAAGCAGCAGCAGGAGCAGCAGCAAAUUACUGCCGUUACCACGAAGACUCAAAACGUCCAUGGCGAAGAGCUUAUCGUUACCACCACUUCAAGAUUUGAACAAGAGAAGUUUUCGUCCAAGACGGAAUGGCGUACUAGAGCCAUUGCUACCUCAAACCUGCGAACCCGAGCCAACAAUAUCUACGUCUCGUCUGUUGACAACGAUUUGGACGACAUUACUUACGUCAUGCCUAACAAUAUCCUGAAGAAGUUUAUUACUAUUGCCGAUCUUCGUGUACAAAUUGCAGGGUACCUGUAUGGUGUUUCUGCGCCUGAUAAUGACCAAGUCAAAGAGAUUCGUUGUAUUGUCAUGGUUCCUCAAAUAGGUAACCUGCGCUAUACCCAAGCGCCUCACCAACUGCCGCAGCACGAAUAUCUCGCGAGUAUGGAACCUCUCGGUGUGAUCCACACUAUGGCCGGGAACGAACUUCCGUAUAUGUCUGCGGUUGACGUCACGAUGCACGCUCAGAACCUCGACCGGCAUCAAAAGCGGGACAAGGAAAAGACGGUGACGAUUGAUGUAUCCUUCACGCCCGGUUCCGUCUCUCUAUCUGCUUGGGCGUUGACCCCCGCGGGAUACCGAUGGGGUGUCGAAAAUAAAGAUCUCGGCAGCGACUCGCCGGCAGGAUUUACAACUUCUAUGGGAGUCAAGCGAUUCUUCCUCGUGCCGGAGGACGGAAAGUGGAACUAUAAUUUUAUGGGUAGUAACUUCAUCGGCCUGGAGAAGAAACCGGUACACCACCGCCCUGAGCACUUCCACGAUUUCACAGAGAUGGAAGACCCAGGUGUUGACAGAAGCGACAACUUCGCUUAA